CUCUAUUUCUGCAGGACUGCCAGACAGCAUGGGGUCAGACGCUGCCAGGAUGGGGCUCCAACCCUGAUUGUGCAAGUGCCACACAAAACAUCAAAUGCGACAACAACGGGAUGAUAACUCAAGUGUCGUUAGUCGGUCUCAACCUAGGAGGGCCCAUUCCGGACUCCAUCAGCAACCUAGACCAGCUCGUGGGGCUAUUUAUUCACAUGUCCACACUGACUGGUUCAAUCCCGUCUGGAAUCAGCAAACUUUCGAAACUUCAGAGAUUAUAUCUGAAAUGGAAUAAACUCACUGGUGAAAUCCCUUCUGAAAUCGGCAAUUUGACAAGUCUGAGAUAUCUUCAUCUUCCAAACAAUCAGCUCGCUGGCUCGAUCCCUGCUGAAAUCAACCAUCUCACGAACCUUAACAUCAUAGACCUUGCAAAUAAUCGGCUGAGCGACUCAAUCUCGGUUGCAUUGGGGAGUCUUACAAAGCUGGAAUACCUAGGACUUGAAUCAAAUCAGCUCACUGGUCCAAUCCCUUCUUCAAUCGGCAAUCUUGUGAACGUUGUUCAGAUAUAUCUCAAUGAAAACGAACUCUCUGGCGCAAUCCCGUCCGGAAUCGGCAGCCUCACAAAACUGACACACCUAAAUCUUGAAAACAAUCAGCUCACAGGCUCAAUCCCUAGUGGAAUCGGCAAUCUUGCUGCUAUGGGAUACCUGUUUCUUGGCAGCAAUCGUCUGACAGGACCCGUUCCUCCCUCCAUCAGCUCAUUGACUCGACUCAGCACUCUCUCUCUCGAAAGCAACGAGCUGGAAGGGGAGCUGUCAGAGAGCAUCUGUGCUCUUUCUUCUCUUGCAAAACUCUACCUUCACAUGAACAGAGUCACUGGAUCCAUCCCUUCAUCAAUCAGCAAGCUUUCCAGCCUUCGGUCAAUGAGACUUGACAGCAACCGUCUUACUGGAACAAUUCCUUCUACGAUUGGCAAGAUGAACGGCCUGGGCCGACU